AUGUGUUUCUGGCGCCACGUCUACUACAUAGACUGCAAGCACUAUAGCAGAGACCCCGUUGAAUGCACAGAGGCCUACCGCACAAACAUGCGUUGUGAGGGCUGGGAAGCUGAUGACAAGGAGAUGGAAAGCCAGACAGCAAGUGGCACUUCCUAUACCAAAGCUGAGCCAGGCGAGUGUAUGGACUGCAAGUACAUGGCAAUGUUGCGUCGAAACACAAACAACAAGAAGUCUGGAAGCGGAUCAGGAGGUAAGGCUUCAGGAAGCAAGACCAAGGCUUGA